AUUGCCCGUUAUACAUGACAACCGACUCAUGAAAUGUAUUAACUCAAAUGAUAUAAUUAUUUGAUUUAUUGGAGUUUAGAUGAAAACUGGGUACAAUACAUUGCAUUGAAUGUUAAUACUGUUGGUAUUUACCAUAGACCUACAUUUAACUUUUUAUAACGCAUUGUAUAAAAAAGCGUUUCUACUAAAUUAUAUACAGAAAGAUAUAUUACUUACUAAAGACUCAAUAUUCAAACCAUGGGCUUUAAUUUAUUAAGGACGUUUAUAAUAUGUUUUUGUAACGGAUAAACUUGGUUUGGUAAAGGAGGAAACAUUUUAUUUCGUCAAAUAACGUGCUGACUUUUGAAAUGUCUUGUACGACAGUUUCAAUUUCUAAUGGAUAUAUUUUAUCAUCUUCUAACUUGUACAACAUUAAUGAAACAGUGACUUAUUAUUGUAACACGUUUUACUAUCUCUCCGGGAACCCACUAGCUACUUGUCUAGAUACCUACGGUAACUGGACAUCUAUUCCUUCAUGCCAGUUUGCAGCAACAAAAAAUGUAUGGUUUUGGAUGACAGUUGGACUAGCGUCAUUGUUAGCACUUGUACUACUACUCAUAUUAUUGAUAUUUAUCAUACGGUAUUGCUGCUGUCACAGAAGAAAAAGUCGUGUGUCAGAAUUCUCAGAAAGCCAGGACCGAUACGGAGAUAGUUGUGGUCCAUGUUGUGGCUUGGUCGAUUAUAAAGGAUGUUGUUCCCUUAACGGUUGUUGUGGAUUUUACGGAUGCUGUGGUGGAUUCUGUGGAGCUUGCCGAUGUUGCAGAGAGUUUCCUGGCGACGGCGACGGCAACUCGGGCAGACAUAACAGAAAUUCAAAUCAUAAUUCAAUGAAACCUGUGAAGAAAAAAGUUUCUGUUAGACAAACACAAACAUCACCAACACCAACAGAUUCAACCACAAUGGAUGAAAAGAAAAAGAUAGCUAAGAUGGGUGACGUAUAUAUCAUUUCAAAUCAUGUUGAUUCAACACAGACAGCUCCAAUAAGUACAAAAUCUACCCCAAGAGUACAUAAAUCGCCAACAACGACAACACAAACGCCUCGUGAGCAGAAUGAAAGCAUGUCAUCGGAGAAAAAUUACAAGAAGAAAGCAAAGGUUUUAACAGCAUGGAUGCCCCAUUCGCAUGACGUCAGAGAAAUAAACACAAGCACAAAGUAAAGGCGCUUCAUCUCCGUCGAUGAAGUCAAAAUAACAGGAUGGGUGCUAUACUGCUGAACAUUGAUAUUUAAUUAACAAUUUUGGAAUAUGUUUCAAAUGCGGGAAGUAAACGAUGUAAAACAAUAUAUAUAUAAAUAUAAUAUUUAUAAUAAGUCAACUUUUGAUAUCAUUAUACGACGAGAACCUAAACGGUUGAAAUGUUCACUGUGAUUUUAUGAGAGCAGCCAUUUAACUUUUAAUUGGUUAUAUCUUUUUAUGUCCCUAUGCUUAAAGAAAAUUGAAUUGGCUUGAAGGUGGGAAAAAUAAACAUGACCGUUAUUUUUCUCGCUUGUAUUAUUUUACAUUUGUCAUUUCGGGUUCUUUUAUAACUUUCUAUGCGGUACUCAUUGUUAAAGGCCGUAUGGUUACCUAAAGUUGCUAACCUUCUUCGUCAUUUCGUCUCUGGUGGAUGAGUUGUCUCAUUGGUAAUCAUACCACAUCUUCUUAUUUUUAUCAUGAUUUCGAAAUAAACGUUUAGCCUAGUUUUUCAAAAAAAAUAUCAAUAUACUAUUUUCCAUUUUAAAAACUUUCAAAUCGAGAGGGAAACAAAGACCAAUUCAAAAUUAAGUGUUUGGUUAAUCAAGAAGCAGGUAAUGGAAUUCUUCUUCUGAAAAUUUCUUCUGAGAAUCCUUUGCAUGCUUAUACUUUCUGCAUCUUUUAAAAUUAUAGCAACAUGUUUUCAGUAUUUAUAUUUGCUCUAUAAUACUCAUAGAAUCUUCUUGUUUUUUCUUUUCUAAUUUUACAGUAGAUUUUCUGUUUUAUCAUCUUUUUUAUGUUUCUUUUGGUAGCUUAUCAGUUUACAAAACUGUAUAGAAAAAUCUUAUGUUAUGUAAUUUAUUGGGGAAAAUACAAAUCCUGUUCAAUUUCAGUCUUACUAAUUAUCGAUUUUUUCGUGUUUGUAUGAAAUGAAUUAUAAAGUUCAUACUCGAAUAAUCAUGAUGAUGAUGAUUCUAUAUAUGUAUAUUAUGUUUUUAUUGUAAGUUUUUUAAAGGGGCAUUAGCUGUCAAAUUCAGUUUUACCGAUUUAACUCAAAAUCUCAUAUCAUAUAUGAUUUAUAACAUAUCAAAACGUAUAUUCAAAUUAUAAAAAGUCCUAUAGGAACAAUUUACAAUGCAUAUGAUAAACCAUCGAGAUUACCUCCGAAGACUGCUGAUGGCUAUAUGACCUAUAUAAACAUAAAAAAAUAUAUAUAAAGACGGACAUGCAAUUGCAAUCGUAUAAUGACGAUAUUUCUGGAUAUGUUUGAUUUCAUAUCUAAGACAAAAAAAACAUAUGUAAGUCAUAGUUUUACCUAUAUGAGAUUUUUUUUUUGUUGGCAGAGUCAGUAAACACAAUCAUGUUUUUCAAUGUUGACACUUUUUCUUAUGAAUAACUUAUCAUGCUGAGUUCAUGCGCAACCUGUCUUCAGCUCAGUUUCAAAUUAAAGGUAGCAUGAAUACGGAUGCAAUAUUACUUGAACAUCCCUAGUUUAUAAAUGUUUGAGAAUGAAAAAAAAAAGUUUUAUUAUUUUUUUUUUGUAUAAAUCGUAGAAUCGUAGGAAAUGCCGCUUAAAUUGUCAGAUGUGGCAUAACACUUUAUAGAUAUACUACCAUUACAUUUGGACAUAAUCGCUAAUUUUAUUGAAAUUAUAAUAGCCGUUUUUUAACGCCCAUUCCAGACUUAAAUUUAAGUUGCCAAUGUAUGUACCUGUAGUGUGGGUUUUGUCAAUUAUAGCUUUGAAAAAGAAAAGUUACAUCAAGUUCUCUUUGAAAACUCAUAUUUACAAUAAAGGCAGAGAUAACACCGGUAAUCCAUACAUGUGACAUCCAUCAAUCAAAUGGACCAUAUAACUUUUGUCCGUUUAAUAUAUUUUACACUAAUUUAUAAAGCGUAUAAAAGUAUGUGCUUUCAUGAAAAUGACUUACAAUGAUGUCAUAUGACCAACACUAUUUCUUCGUGUGUAUUCUUAUAGUUGAUGUCCAUACUGUUGCAUUUAAUGAAUUGACUACUUACACUAAUAUAUAUGCUUCAAACACUUCACUGUUAUCAUCUAAAAAGGAAAAUGAAGAGAUAAAAAAAGUACUUUGUAGACAUGAUGCCUUAUAAAUGAUAUUCAGGUGUAUAAAAUGACCAAACACUGGUAAAAGUAUAGACGCUGGGGUGUAAUAUGUUGAGUUGAUAAUUUUAUCAUUUAAGCCUUCAGCAACCAUAUAUAAGAAUAAAAUACCUAUUCAUUUGAUGUGCUUGUAAAUUCUUGGAAUUUUCGUUAGAUUUCUGUCCUAUGCACGUCUACCCAAAGUCAUUUCCUUUCAAAUCUCGACUUUGCUUUAAUGAUGAGGGAUGAAAUAAUACUAGCAUAAUGCUUUGUGUUUUACAUUGUUAUUGUUAGUUUCUUAUAUAUAUAUAUGUGUAUAUCGUCCUGAACAUGCAUGGAAUAUUUGCCACUGAACUUUAAGCAACCACCAAUCAAUCAAACUUAUACUAUACGCUACUUAUAUUUAUUUAUUUAAUCAAACUUCAUUUUAUACAUAGUUGUGGUUUAAAUGUUAUUUUAAGAGUCGAUCUUUGAUCAUUGCCAGAUAUAACCUUAUUUUCCUUAAAUCAGUUUUCUAGCGAAAAUCUUCAUAAAAUUUGUACGGAGAACUAGUUUACUCGUAUUUAGUAUUUACCAUCUAUUAGUGAAUACUAAAUGUGCAGUGGUUCCCGGUGAAUUGUAACAAACAUAACUUUAGUCGACGCCAGGGGCUUUUCUGACAUUUGAAUGUAGAUUUUAAGUUAAAGAUUACGUAAUAAUUUAUAAAACUAAAAUUACAGAUCCGUAAGACAGUGUGGACCUUAAAUUAUUUUUACUGUUGUGUUUUGGCCCUUGUUGGUUUUUUAUGUUGCUCUCAAAUGUUUUAUGUAGUUGGCUUCACAUACUUUUGGUCUUCGGUACCUUAUGGAGGUCAGUCCAGAAACACAUUUUCACAUAGAAAUCGGUAUAUAGUGCCUUUAUAUUUACCUUCAUUACGGUGUAAGCUCUGUGCAGACACCACAAACAAGCGAGACAUUUUGUCAGGAUAAAUGGAAGAACUUUUAUAUAAGUGCUGGUAUUUGUAUUAUUGAUUCUACCCUAGUAUUUCUUUUGUCGUUGUUCCAUAUGAAUCUACGCCGUAUUCGUUCGUCCAUAAAAUUUAUUUAUGACAUGCGUAUCAAUGAUUUUACUUGGCUCGCUCAAGAAUUUGCCGGAAAUAUCUUAUUUCCUCUCUAUGUGCCUAAAAUUUCUACCUUUUUUCCAAAUCAUCUCUUAUAAAAGGUAUAGCGUCAUUUUAUGUAUUUGUAUAUAUGUAAAAGAUUAUAAACACUAUUUAUUUAUUAUUUUUUUUUAUCAUUUAGAAUGCUUGUUGUUCGUAUUCCUUUUUACGAUCAGUAUUAUUCAAUGAUGGCUGUAUAAUUUUAUUUCGUAUUUCCUAUGUCUUUUCUUAAAAAAAAAACUUGCAUAAUUUUUUUCUAAAUAAAUACAUGUACUACAUGAA